AACCUACCAGGCAGAGGCAUACACCUGUAGCUAUUUUAAAAGCAAGUUUAUUGGUAAAUUCUUUAUAACAUUUUUUAAAAAAAGAUUUAUUUAUUUUAUGUGAGUACAAGGUCGCUGACUUCAGACACACCAGAAGAGAGCAUCAGAUCCCAUUACAGAUGAUUGUGAGCCACCAUGUGGUUGUUGGGAUUUGAACUCAGGACCUCUGGAAGAGCAGUCAGUGCUCUUAACCGCUGAGCCAUCUCUCCAGCCCUUUUUUUUUUUUUUUUUUUUUGGUUCUUUUUUUCGGAGCUGGGGACCGAACCCAGGGCCUUGCGCUUCCUAGGUAAGCGCUCUACCACUGAGCUAAAUCCCCAGCCCCGCGGUCAGUGCUCUUAACUUCUGAGCCAUCUCUCCAGCCCGUGGAUAACUCUUAAUGUUGUACAAAAGAAGCAAACAUGAAUACACACACACACACACACACACACACACACACACACACACACACACACAUUCUACUUAUAGUAAAAUCUCUACAGCAAACAAAACUAAUCUACCACGACAGAACUCAGAGUGAUGGUUCCAUUGGAGGUUGUAUUGGUCCGUUUUCCAUCACUAUGACAACUACCUGAGGUGACCAUCUUAUAAAGAGGGAAAGUUUUGAGAGUCAGUCUAUGGUACCAUUGCUUCUGGGCCAGUGGCGAGGCAACACGUCAUGGUGACAUCAUGGCGGAGAGUAUGGAGUGGAGCAAGGCCAGGGAACAAAAGAGAGGAAUCUGUGGUGCUUCUAUACCUGAAAGGGCGUGGUCUUAUUGAUCUAAAGACAUCCACUGGGUCUAUAUCCUCACUAGUGUCAAGCUGGGAACAUUUGGGUCUUUUUGUAGGGACAGUCUAGAGCAGUGGUUCUCAACCAUCCUAAAGCAGCAACCUUUUAAUACCACCUCAUGUUGUGGUGAACCCUCAACCAUAAAAUUAUCUUCAUUGCUACUUCAUACCUAAAAAUUUUGCUACUGCUAUGAGCUGUGUUUUCUGACGGUGUUAGGUGAAAGGGUCGUGCGACCCUGAAAGAGGUGUAGACCCACAGUUUGAGAACCGCUGUUCUAGAUCCAGACCAUCCCAGGGGUAGUGUAUUAGUCAGGGUUCUCUAGAAUCACAGAACUUAGGGAAUGCCUCUCAAUAUUGAAGGAAUUUAUUGUGAGGACUUACAGUCUGUAGUCCAACUAACCCAACAAUGGUCAGCUGUGAAUGGGAAGUCCAAGAGUCUAGUAGUUGUUCAGUCCCACGAGGCUAGUUGUUUGAACUGGUCUUCUGAGGAAGUAGGUUCCAACAGAUGUGCUGGCAAGGAAGUGCAAGCAGGGGAAUCAGAAUGAGUCUUCCUUCUUCCAAUGUCCUUACUUAGGUCUCCAGCAGAAGGUGUGGCCCAGAUUAAAGGUGUGUACCACCACGCCUGGAUCUGGGGCUUGCUUUGUCCCAGAUGACCUUGAACUCAGAGAUCUUGCCUCGUCUCCUGGGAUUAAAGCUAUGUACUACCUUGCUGGACCUAAGCUUUUCAUGGCCACUAUGCCUCAAGAUCUCUACGCCAAGAUCCAGGUCAAAAACUUGUGUCUCCCAGCCUCAAGAUCUGGAGCACAGGCAUGCCCUCCAAUUCUGGAUUGUAGUUCAUUCCAGAUAUAGUCAAGUUGAUACCAGGAAAGGGUAUGAGGGGGCUCUCUGAGGAAUGCCAACUUCUUGCAAAUGGAUGUGAAAUUUUCUGAUCUCCUGCUGGCUGAGCUGUCAGGACAUUUGGAAGAUAGGGUCUGACCCUGGCCCCAGACACAUGCGUCCUUCCUUCUUCAGUCAGUGGGCUGAUUUGCAUGCUCUGUUGUGGUCCAGAGUCUUCCCCAUCCCUGUACCACAAACACCCAGAGCACAGUACUGCAGAACAACUCUAGGAAGGUCUUUUCACUUCUGGCCAUGGCCUGUCCUGGUUACCGACCUUUCCUUCUUGUGGGAGCCUUCUUGUCAGCCCCCCAUUCACAGAGGAAAACGGAACAGUAGAUCGAACCAGGCCCGCCAUGCUCCGUCCAGGGCCAAAAUCCCAUGGCACCAGGCUCUGAAAAAGUUGGGAGCGGGAAUCCUUGGAGUCUGAUAAAACAUUCGGAGCAAGUCUUUCAGCCAACCCUGAGCCAGCCUGAUGCACUGCUGGUCUUCCCAGGCCAAGAAGCUCAACUGAGCUGCACGAUCAAUUCCCAGCAGGCCAGCGUCGAAGACACUGGGGUAUCUUGGUAUCAGCAGCAGCCAGGAGGCUCUCCUCAUUUUCUCUACUACCACUCAAAAGAGGAAGACUAUCGACCGGCCGACAUCCCUGACAGAUUCUCAGCGACGAUGGACGUGGUCCACAAUGCCUGUGUACUCACCAUCAGCCCCGUGCUGCCAGAGGACGACGCUGACUACUUCUGUUCCAUUGCCCACUUUGAACCCUAAGCUGGGAGGCCCCUGACCUUGGGCCUCCUCUUUUUCUCUCAGUCUUGCUUUCUUUCCUCUGCAAAAAGAGUUAAUAACAUUCGACAGGUCACA